CAAUUCCUUGUACUUUGCUUCAUGUUCUUCGACUAAAUCAUAGCAUCCAAACAAAAGAAACCAUAUUCUUGUUGGAGUUGAGUAUCAAGAGUGAAUGGAAAGAAAUCUUGAAGAACAAUUCGACAUUUGUUACCAAUCUUAGAAUAGUUUGGUGACUAAAAAAAAAAAAACUAUAUCCUCCUCUUCCCUCGCCGUCUCCGAUAUUCUUCUCCACUGUGUCUCUUCCAAUCUCCCUUGCUCUCUCAGUUUUUCUUCCUCCCUCAUGGCUAUCAUUGCUGCUCAUGGCCAAGCGCGAGAGCAUACUUCCUACCAGAAACCCUAAUUUCGUCAAGCCCACAAAGAUUCCAUAAAAAAUGACGUUUUCUCUGCAGAUCUAAGUCUUACUCGAUGGGAGUCAAAGUUCCUCGCGCUGUUCUUAUGGAUCUGGAGCCUGGUACCAUGGAUUCCCUCAUAUCUGGUCCCUUUGGUCAGAUUUUUCGUCCUGAUAACUUCGUCUUUGGCCAGUCCGGUGCUGGUAACAACUGGGCCAAAGGUCAUUAUACCGAAGGUGCUGAGUUGAUUGAUUCCGUUCUCGAUGUUGUCAGGAAGGAGGCUGAGAACAGCGAUUGUCUUCAAGAUAUGGUUCUCUUCUCUUUUAUGUUUACAGUUAACCGUUGCUCACAAACCAUUGCUGGCCACGAGGAAGCUGUGCUUUGUGUUUCAUUUAGUCCUGACGGUAAGCAAUUAGCAAGUGGUUCAGGUGACACCACUGUCAGGCUUUGGGAUCUCUACACUGAAACUCCAUUGUUUACUUGCAAAGGGCACAAGAAUUGGGUAAUGUAGCCUGGGAGACCCUUUUAGCUGAAGUUGCCAUUCCGAUGGGUUCUGUAUAGCCUGGGAGAAACUUAGAAUCAGUCAAGGUUAGUAAAAAUAUUGUCCAAAUGCAGGCGCCAUUAGUGUUUCUCGAUGGUUUUGCACCGAUGAUCACCUAUCACCCGAUAACCUACAAAUCUAAUGUCAUGAGUUUGUGGCCUCUAAUCCUACUAAAGCCAUGAUUGUUCGAUAUUUAUCUUAUAUAGGCAAGAAGCUCAUAAGUAUGCUCUCGGAUCUUUGCCUUGGCAUUAGCAAAAUCAGAAUUGUUAGAUAUUGAUUUAGCAAAAUCUGAUCUUAAGUAUUCCACACACUUAAAAUCACUCCUUUUACCCUGAUCUUCAUCUGUCCCUUUGCAAACUGCUGGCUUCUUUUUAUUAUAGGCACUCCAAAAAUACAAUCAAGCAAAAGGGGAUGCCCCUGAAAGAUUAGUGUCUGGUUCUGAUGAUUUUACAAUGUUCCUCUGGGAACCUUCUGUUAACAAACAAUCUAAAAAACGUUUGACUGGUCAUCAACAUGUACUUUCUUGAAAACUUCAUUCUUUUCGCCGAGGUUUUGGUUCUCUUUCUGAUUGUUUACGGACAAUUUUGGUCAAAUCAACAGCUUGUAAAUCA